CUACAGCGCAGAGCCGGAGAGACUUCAGUUGUCUAUGACAGCUUCAAGCUACAGACGCGUCAUUUGCGUCGAAUUUUAUUAGUUUUUUAAUUAAAAAGUGAAGAAAAUUGUGAUAAGUGUGAUUUUAUACAAAUCUUCGUGAUAAUAUUAGUGUUAAGAUUUGUUAUGUUAUCGUUGUUCGUCGGAAUAAAUAAAUUAACGAGCUUACCCUGCCUGCAGUGAGUGCCAAGAGCCCCCGAGUCCCAGCCAUUAGAUUGAGUGGAGUGUUCCCUGCCCACACGUAGCCCCAUACGCAGUCAAAAUUCCGCGAGACUCGACGGACUCCUCCUCCAGCAUGGAACUGGAGAAAGCCCCCACUCUCCAUGAAGAGGACUCCAAAGUCACCCUCACAAUCAGACUGAUUAUGCAGGGGAAGGAAGUUGGCAGUAUUAUUGGCAAAAAGGGAGAAAUUGUUAAAAGAUUUAGAGAAGAGUCUGGAGCAAAAAUCAACAUAUCAGAUGGAUCGUGUCCAGAGCGCAUCGUCACUGUCACAGGCAACACAACUGCCAUAUUCAAAGCUUUCACUCUCAUCUGCAAGAAAUUCGAAGAGUGGUGCUCGCAGUUCAACGAGAGCGGCGGCGGUGGGUCCCGCGCGCCCAUCACUCUGCGACUCAUCGUGCCGGCGUCGCAAUGCGGCUCGCUCAUUGGCAAGGGCGGCUCCAAGAUUAAGGAGAUCAGGGAUGUCACUGGAGCCAAUAUACAGGUAGCAAGUGAAAUGUUGCCGAAUUCAACUGAGCGAGCGGUGACAAUCAGUGGGACCUGUGACGCCAUCACACAGUGCAUUUACCACAUCUGCUGCGUCAUGCUGGAAAGUCCACCAAAAGGCGCCACUAUUCCAUACAGACCGAAGCCAAAUGUGGCGGGACCGGUCAUACUGGCCGGCGGACAAGCUUACACCAUCCAAGGCAACUAUGCAGUGCCGGCACAAGAUGCGGUGUGCGCGCCCGUGUUCCCCGUGCUGGAGAUGAAGCCGCCCCUGGUGGGUGCGCUGCCGCCCGCGCACCUGCUGCCGCCGCUACACGAACACCACCUCAUGGGAGGGUUGGCUAAAUCACCUUUAGCAGGAUUGGCCGCGCUUGGCCUAGGUGGCUUGGGACCUGCGAGUACCGGUGGACUUAACCCAGCAGCGUUGGCGGCGCUGGCCGGCUCGCAGCUGCGCACGUCCAACCAGACGCGCAACCAGCCCACCGCCAACCAGCAGUCGCACGAGAUGACGGUGCCCAACGAGCUCAUCGGGUGCAUCAUCGGCAAGGGUGGCACUAAGAUCGCGGAGAUCCGUCAAAUAUCAGGCGCCAUGAUCCGGAUAUCAAAUUGCGAGGAGCGCGAAGGUGGCAGCACUGAUCGCACCAUCACCAUCACGGGCAACCCUGACUCCGUGGCGCUGGCCCAGUACCUCAUCAACAUGAGGAUCACCAUGGAGACGGCUGGUCUGCCGCUGCCCGGGUACCACUACAUCGCGCCCAACCACAUCGUGAAGGCGCCGAUCCAUUGAAUGGGGCUCCGAGGCCAGUUUCCCAACGUUGCGAAAUUUUACAACACCGACCGCUACUACAUCCAACCGCAAUACGGGACUCUGGCUCCGAUGUAUUUUUUCAAAUAAAAAAAAUUUGACCAAACUAUUGGUAAACAAGAGGGGAAGCAAUUGGCGAAUAGCUGAAUGUAUGUUUACAUUUGUUACGAGUUUAUAAGUAUUUUAGAUAUUCUUAUAUUUAUUCUCCAAUAUUUGAUCGAUUGGAGUGCGACUUGGAUCGUGCGAUCGAUCGCCGAGAGCGUAGUAUAUGGCACUUAUUGAGAACUAAACAAAAUGGACUGAAGUUUUGAUUAUUUAUUCGGUCCGUGAACAGUGCACGACGUUUGUAUUGUACAGAGCGCAUAACGUUUGUUUGAAUAUCUAUGAUUUGUGUUGCCCUUGUUCACUGUUCAGGGAAUGAGAUUUCCGACUUCGAGUGUGAGUAAGCUGAUCGAAUUUACUAUGGAUUUAAGCGGUCAAAUGAUCUUCGGUUGGUUUAUUUUUUCAUUGUUAUCGUCGGUCCCAGCCGGCCGCAAAUUCAAAAUUAUUUAACGAGCGUCGGCGUACAUUAGAUGUAGAUGCGUUACAAUCGACCUCGGAUUCGCUGGCGUAGCUUAGUGUUAGAUUAGCGAACAGAGUGAGAGGGUUAAAGACAAUAUUUGUAAAUAACAUAUUCGUAAUUACCUGGCAAAUUAGGUGUUACAAUAAGCACUCUCACGAGCUUGCGGUCGAUGGCGGUACCUAUGUUAUGAUUGUUUUCGCAUAGGUUAGCCUCAAUACGUUGUUGACACAUUACAACCCUAACGAGAGUUGUGUGUUAGUAGGUAAUUGAUAUGGAUGUUGCUUUUUAUCAUAUAAUUUAGUCUGUCUGGGGUUGCCGUCCGCCGCCAGCUCGUGAGCUAAUAAGUCUCGUCGCGCGAACGCGGCGCGGAUUUAUGAAACCGAUGGGAUCAAAUCCUUUAAGAAACUUACAUUAACAGAGAAACGGCGGUGAACUGAAACAUUUAGUAUAUUAUAUUUUAAAAUAUUCGUCUAUUAUCACAAAAAAAAAAGACGUUAGAUGUAAAAAAAUAGUGUUACUAAAUGUGAUAGUCUUCUAAUUUAUUUAACAUUCGAAUAAUUCUAUCAUAGACACCUUGUACAUCGGCAAGAGCGUGGUUAAGUCGAAUAAAUAAUAUUGGUCCAGGGAUCAAAGCCAAAGAUUUUUUGAAUUUGUUUAACAUAUUAAUGUUGUGAAUUUAUGCUAAAUUAUUCUGGGAGAUUUAGUAAAUUAAGGACAUUUUAUUUGAAUUACUUUAUUGCCCUCUCCAGACUGCUCAUGGUAUUUAGUCUUAGAUUGAGAUUUUAGGUAGUCUGUGGUAAGCGACAUAAAACAUAAAAAUAAUAAAAAAAAAGAAUAGGCUAUAAUAGAAAUAAGAUAAGUUUAGGACCAGUGAAGUGUAAGAUGCUUUCGAGUAAAGUAUUUUUGGAUCUGAAGAAAUAGUGCCACAAUGAGGUCGUAGUGCCAAAUCUGUAACAAAAGCCAAGUAAAAUAAUUCAGGUCAAUAUUUUAAAGAGACCUAUCGUUAUUCUAAAGUUUUCUAAAAUAAUCGGAACGUUAAUUUUAACAACAAAUAAUUAAUUUUGCACCCUAGAUUAAGGAAACCUUCACAAGUAGGAUAAAUAGCUCUGAAACAUAUCCAAAUGACACAUUAUAUACCACCUGUCGUCUUCCCUUCUGAUAUUUUAAUAUGAACUAUUUAAAUUAAUAUAUCAGUGCCAAAUUGUUCAUACAAUUUUAUUGCUUUUGUGUUUGUGACGUUUAUAAAAAUACUUUAUGCAAUUAUAUUUAUAAUAGGUAUUUUUUUUUUAUUAUUUUAUACGGUUAUUAUUAGUGCUAGUCAAAUUGGUCUGACAAUAAAAGACGAAAUUUUUAUUUAAAAAAUCUCUAGUCAAAAUUUAUUUCGUUUGGAUAUGAUGAGUUACAUAUACGUUGAUUUGUCAUAUUUUUAUUAUGAAAUCAAAAAUGAUUAAUAUGUGCGUGCUGUCACUUAAGUAUUUUAUCUUAGCAAUAAAAAUUAUAACUCAAUUAUUUAUAAAAAAAAAUACAAAUAAGACAAUGUAUAGAGCUUUUUAACUAUAAGUAACACGCAGGUGUAAAGUAGAAUAUAAUCUAUACAAAUGACUCGUAAAGAUAUAAAUUGUUAGUCGAGAGAGAGAGAGAGAGGAAAUUCUAUAGCUGUGAUGUACGAUUGGAAAGCAUUUUUGUGCUGCAUGCUACGUCAGUUUAAACUGAAAGAGUACAGUCGGAAGGAAAAUGUGGGUAGUUCUAGCAUUCGCUUUGUAGAAGCACCGCGACAUGAAUCAAAGUGAAUCUAGAACGUUGUAAAAAAAAAAUUGGACAAGCGGCAAUUUAUUUGUUUACAUUGCUUGCUAGUUACGGCAAUUGUAACGCAGAUACUUUCUGACAAAGAAGUAUUUAUUAGAACUAUUGGUGUUGUUAAAUUAUACAUUUAGUACAAUGACAUUUUAAUAAAUGUCCUAUUUUCACGUAUACAUAAUAAUAAUAUAAAUAAUUUGCAAUACAUACAUACGUCAUCUAAUAUUGUAAUUGUAUUAUCUUAGGUAUUAUUGUUACUGUUAUUUUGAUUUGCUCAAUUAUUUAAUGUUUUUAUAAGCUAGAUCUGAAAUUAUAUACAGUUAGUUUUGUUGGAAUUUAAUUGUAGCAUAAUAUACAUUAUAUAUAUGACGAUGUUGAAAUUCGUCUGUUUUUACUUUAGUUAAACAGUACAGGCGUACUAUUCUGUCAUAAUAAAAAAGGGGUUUAGCUUUAUUAAACAAGACUUUAAUUUUAAAUUAAAUAUUAAUCAGCUUUCCUCGUUACAGCUACAUUGUAGGGGACUUUAUUUAUACCAUCAAAAGUUAAGCAAUAUAAAAAAAUUUGGAUGCAGCCUGAGUCCAUUUAAAUUCAACGUUGAUAUUACUUAUAAUAUAUAAAAAAACGAGCAAUAUAACUACUCGUUUGUAUAUUAAAAGCGAAAAUUGUGUUUUGGAAUAAUUUUAAUGUAUUGCUUUUUUUCGUUCAAUUAUUAAUUAAUUGUUAGCCUUUAUAGACAGGGUCAGACUGCGCUGUAAAAUAGUGUAAUUUAAAAAAAAAUCAAUUUUAGCAAAUAUUUUCUAAAUGUAAUAGUAAAUUUUUAUUCGUGUUAGCACCUGAAUUUUUAAUUGUUAUUGCACCUUUUUGGAAGUCCCUUCUAUUUAAAUUUUGUGAAUCUUAGGACAAGGUGGAUAUUGUCAUUGGUUGAGAUGAAAUUCUCUGUUGUAAUGAAAUGGGAAGAACGUUCAUUCCUUUUAGACUGCGAAAUGUUGAAAAAUUUUACAUUAUAAAAAUACUUUUAAAUGAUUAUGUGGAUUAAUAGAAAUUCGUGAAGGAGUAAGAAUGAAUAAAAGGGUUGUGUAGUAUGUUGUGCAGUUUACAUACAAUAUUCGACUUCGUACCUAUAAAGUGAUCCCUUUGUCAGUCACACGCUCCGGUAUGGAGCAUCAAAUCUCGAUUUAUAUUGUAGAGACCAGGGUAAAAUAAAAUAAUUAUAGUCAACUUUACUUCACGAGUUUAUCGUAAAUCACUUACACACUAUACUUCUAAAACUUAUAAUUGUGUUGUAAAAUUUUGAAAAUAUAUAUAUAAAAUAUUAUUAAUUAGAAUUGUAAAAUGAAUUUCAUAAUAUAAUAAAUAACAUUGAAGUAUAAAUUUAGAUUUGUGAUAUGACAUAUUACAAAUAAAAGUUCGCAAUAGACAUCUAUAUGGACAAAGGAAGAAGAAAAGGCGUGAUGUAAAGAUUUAAAAAACUGAAUGAAGUAUCGGCAACCUGUAGAGUAUUUUAAAAUUGAACGAAUUGUUUAUUGUUCAAUAUCACUAAUUCAUUUAAAUUUUAAAGUUGAAACUUAUUACAUUCAUUUAUUUAAAAGAAUAUCAAACAUUUGAAUAUACAUAAUAUAAUGAAAUACGAAAAUAUAAGCUAUAUUUUCUGGAAUAUAUAUUAUUAUAAAUAAUUCCACACAACAAAUUGAUUGUAAUACAAGUUAUAUAACAAUUCGUUUGCCACAUUUUAACGUCUCAUUUAGUAAUUAAACCUUUAGGCAUUGACAUUAAGCGAGAGAGCCGAUACUUCUAUUUGGUGGCCAGAUAGAUCUGCUAUACGAGUAUAUAAGAUUCGCAAGUAAUUGAGUACUUUUAUAGUGUAUACGAAACGUGGCAAUUCUUGUGCAAGUGGGCUGUGCCAUAUUGAUUCUAAUUUCAUAGCAAUAAAUCCUGUAAUUUUGACUGAGUAUAGUUUAAGAUCACUGUCAGUAUAAUAAUUAACUAACUAAAUCAAUCAGUCGCACUUUUGAUACGCAUUUAAAAUUAUUUUAUAACAAAUAACCUUUCUGAAUUUCUAAAGGAAUAUAACAAUGAGAUUGUCCUUCACUAUCUGAGAACUGAGUUGAAUUUGACGUUAUAAUUAAAUAAAAUAUGUAACAUUAAAUUUAAUUUUUAUUCCAAUCAUAUUGAAAUCUUAUUAAUUUAUGAUAUUAAAUUAUAUAUAUAUUCUAUACAAGGUUCUGUCUUUUAACAAUUAAUUGAUAUUAAACACGUUUCCACGACUACAACUUGCAAACCAAACCUAUACUACAGCCUUUCUUGAUGAGUACUGUUUACCAACAAAGAAAUUAGAAAUGAAGGUAGAAAAUGCACGUCAUUUCAUAACUUAUUGAUUUUAAAAUAUGUAUGAUUUGUUCAUAAAAUGUUAUAUAAAAUUAACCAUAUCUAAUUGUUCUAAGCUUAUUAAUCAAAUAUAUUUUCAUUAAUUUAAGAACAAGUUAAUUAUAAUUAUUAUUAGGUGUGAAAUGACUAGUGAUUUCAACCCUCAUUUUUAAUUUGUUUGUUGCUUAACAGUACUCAUCAAGAAAGGCUGUAGUAGAGAAGCACGCACGACCUUUAUGUACAAGUUUAAUAGGAGAUAUUUUCUAUGGUCUUGUGAAUUAGGCGUGAUAUUUCUAAAAAUCGGGUAGGUAGUAUAUUAGUAUGAAGCUAAAGCAGCCCUUACAGCAUUCCUUCGUUUUUUUUUUCAAGUUAAAUGGAUAUCAUGAAUUUAAACAGAUUGGUAUAUAAAUUAUAAUAAGUAUACACAAAUAUUUGUAACAGUUUAAAAACUAAGAAGAAAAAACUGGUCUAAAGGGCUAUACUUACCGGCGUUCCUAUCGUAACGGUUUUCAAUGUUGCCAGCAUUACAUAGUUUUUUAUAAUCAUACAUUAUUAUCUAUUUUAACGACCUAUUACAGGGCUAGGUCUCCCUAAUUAGGUAUAGGAGAGGAGAUAUUUUUUUUAUGUUUACGGUUAAAUGUCUUCUUCUGUUUUUUUAUAAUAGAUUUAAAAAUACCUAAUCUAACAUCUGUGUUGAUGUUAAUAUUACCUAUAAGUUAAUAUUACCUAUAGGGUAGUUGACUUACAUCAAAUUUAGUACAUGGUAUAAGGGUCCGAAAUUUAUCGAUAUUAUUUAAUGAAAGUUAAGAAUUUCAUAGAAAACUUUUCAAUUUUCCAAACGUCAAAAACGCUGUCUAUUUUUUGACGUCACGAUGUUACUUAAUGUCAGUAAUGGAAUAAACGUCUAAUUAACGAAUUUGUCAAACACUAAACCGUUUGAUCAUGGUUUAGUGUAAACGGGCUUACGAUGACGUCAUGACAUAAAAUAUAGAAAUACUCGUAUUGUCAAGAAAAUAUUUUAAAAUUUAAAUUAAAAUUCAUGUUUCAAAAAAAUACAAUAAUUUGUUUUCAAUGUAGUUGUACGAUGGUGAACAAUUUAAGACCCUUUCAAAAAUACUGGUACAACUACCCUAUUAAAGCAACGAUGCCUCGUUGUGAAAAUGCAAAGAACAGCUAUGUACCCCAUCCUUUUAAUUUAUCUGGUCCAGUGUGGGUGGCUGUUGUCGCGCUAUUAGAUGUUUUUCAAAAUGGCGUCUUCAUAUCUUCAUAUACACUUUGCGAUAGGGAAGUUUGUGGCACUGUAUAGACUUAUGCAGGACUGUUUCGUAGAUACAAUUUAUGUGCAAACAUGCUUAAUAUUAUUCUAAAGACAGAACCUAGUAAAAGUAGUACUUAAAGUAUUGUUUUUGCAAAAAAAAAUUAGUGGUACUAUAGUUAGGUAACACGUAGUUCAACAGUUAGAUUUUCACUUGUCAUAUCUUUCAAAUAUCAAUGUAAUUGUCGACAUAUCUAAUCGUUUUGUGAAUUGAAUUGAUUAAUGUUAAUAUAAAUGUUGUACGUACGGUUACAGUAUACUGUCAUUAUGGUUAGUUUCGAUAUAAUUAAAUGUUUGUUUUCAUUAUGUUUAUUCAAUAAAGUGUGUAAAUAAAA